UCGUUUUUCCAUUUUUUCGGGUGCCCGGUUGGGAGCCUUUGGAACCACGGAGUUGAGCGCUAAAGUCCGAUCGAUUUGGGUGCGGCAGACGGCCUGUGUUCAAUCCUGGCUGUUCUGCCUGCCCAGGAGAUGGGGGGUGGACCGUGCUUCACUUUCAAAGCUCAAACGCGCGCUGCCCGAGGCUUCGAAGGCAGCGCAAGGCAAGGCAAGGCAAGGCACGGAAAGGCCCACUUCGCGUCAUUGUGGCCCCCCCAUGUUUGGAUGCAACCACGCUACGCCAACAAUUAUUCGAGUUGUGAACGAGAGCAUUGAUAACUGCCCUGCAGUUUGGAAAAAGCAACUAGCGAUUGACCGAGCCCACGACGACAGCUAUACUCCUAUACAAACACCCACUCCCAGUAAAGUGCUCUCAGUUUCCAUCUCUUCCUGAAGCUUAUCUGGUGUUUGGCGGGGCAUUCGCUGCAAGACAAACGGUUCGAGCGCAGGGGUCGUUGACGGUUGGACCCACCGACGCGACUGGGUGCGCCUCGCCAGGACGCGCUCUGGAGAAUGAAACCAGCCUCUCAAAUUCGGUCCACCCUACUUCGAGAUCUCAAUUAACGAACCUCUCCUCCGUCUCUCCACCCAAACUCGCCUCCCACCACCCGACACCCCGAGCCGACCACCGUCGAGUCGGCGCCCGCACCUAUUCCUGUCGCCAAUUGCUUGCAGAGCGAGCGACGCGGUGUCGUAGGAUCUAUAUGUGACCAUGGCCACUCCAACAAACUCGUGGCAGCAGCAGGCGCCCUCGCAUCACAUGGUUGCCCAGCCAGCCGGAGUCGAAGAUUUCGGUGUCCAGACGAGGCCGAUGGGAUUGAAGGUGCAGUAUACCUUCGAUCGAGAUAGCCAGGUCAACUGCCUGGCUCGUUGGCCUCACCUGCUCCACAUCCAGACAAUUCCACUCGACGAAAGAACCACAAUCGGCGUGGUGGACCUCCGAACAUGUCUUCAGGCUGUCGCCCAGUCCAGCCCUGAGAUUGUCAACCAGGCAGAGAACGACUACAGUGUGUAUGCAUAUGACUUUUCAGAACCCGAUGUGCCCCUGGUAGGGCAAGGGAUGCUAUCACGGGGGCUGGAUCCGAACAACGAGGCGGCACAACAACAAUUGGUCCCAGGGCGAGUAACCCGCAAUCUGCUCGCCCUUCUCAACAGCGGGAGCCGGGAAACACUCGAGGUGAAACUCAAGUUGACAAUGGUUGCAAAGGCGCCACCACGACCAGAUUUUUCAGCCCUGGAGGGCUUUAACCUGUCAAACUCUUCUCAGAUGCCCGUCGACGACAACUCGGAGUGGAAUUCGUUUGUUCAGUCCAGCCAAAUGUUUGGUCAGAAUUCGAAUGUGGCCCAGGUACCAUCACCAGCGCUUCCUCCUGCUCCGGUCCAAAAUCACGGCUAUCACCACAAUCAACACAACCCUCAUAGCCAGCCCAAUCAGCACACUCAGCAUAAUCACCACUUCAGCCACCCGAUGCAUGAACCUCGGCCGAUGGAGAUGAGAAGUGAUAGUGCGCCUCCAUAUAUGAAUCGGCCAUCGAGUAUACCACCACCUGAGCCCCAGCCAGCGGCUCCGACGCCACCUGCGUCCCACGGCCUUCCUGGCGUCGCCACAGUCCCCGACCCCCCGAGGACGCACACCCCGAUCCAUAGCGCUCCCUCACCAGCACCUCAACCGCAGCCGACAGAAAAUGUAGUCGAGAUGCAACCACAAGCGCGUCCUUCCCGGCCGUCCUCACGAACCUCAACGAGAAGUAGAAGGCAACGACCGCCAACCGGCAGACCACGAGGCCGUCCGCGCAAAUCGGCUGCAGAGGGCAACACGUCGGCGGCAGAGGAAGCCACUGACGGUGAUGAAGGCCCACGGAAGAAAAGGGCAAAGGUUAUCCGGGCAGACUAUGCGGCCGUCGUGCCGUUUGGUUCUGCACCAGACUCACUCAGAGUAGCUGCCAGUACCUCAGGGUCGUUGCGCACCAUGAGACCCAUUGGUUCGGGAAACGACGCCCCGACGCCUAACCAUCUUCAAGAUGUCCCUCGUGCACCAACACCAGUACCUGAUGGGGCUCUUUUGCAGCAGCAGCAAAGGAGAAGAAUGGUAGGCCACAAGGCUCGGUCCGAGUCCGUUGGAAUGGAGAAUAUCCCCGUCUUUCAACACAGACAGCCCCAACUACCCAUGCACGAGAUGAGCCAGGACGCCCGCUCACCCGUCGAAUCAUUUGGUCAAUCACCAGACCAAGGUUAUUCGCCCGAAGACAGCGUUGGUGACCUGGGCUCCUCACCCCCAGUCCCGCGCACGACCCCCUACCUCCGGUCUAGUCCACCAGCGUCGAGUCCGAUUCUUCCUCCGAUGCCCAUGCGGAAUGUCGACUCCGGCUUUAUGAGCGGCGGUCUCGACGACUUUUUCGACGAGGAUGAUAUGAUGCCGGACCUACCCCCACCACGGAUGCAGGAGCUUUCUGGACCCAUGCCUGCGCAGAUGCAGAUCGCCCAGCCCGUACCUGUGCCCAUGACCAGCAAACCCAACAGCCGCAAGAAUAGUCGAGUUCGUACUGCGUCGCAGCAACAGGAGGUGACAUUCCAAGAAGUGAACCCUGGCCCGCCAGAACUGCUCCCAACCAAGAGCCUCUUCAACCCCGCUGGGCGUGUUAAGACCUUGAACCGACCAACACCCCCACCUACCACACACCGGCCAUCACCACCUCCUGCUUCCCAUCAAGCCGUGGAACGGCCGACAGCUUCCAUCCCGUCCGAUCAGCCAGCGCCAAAGAAACGAAACGCCCGGUCCCUGAAACGAUCGCACACUGCCCCGAACCCAGUGGUUUCGGAGCAAGAGGCGCCGGUACAACCAGCACAGGCGCAAACGACAACCCAACAUUAUGGCCUGACCCAGGAAUCGGCUCUUCCUCCACAUUUCGAGCAGCCGCCUGGGAGCAUGAACAGUUCCGUGCGGCCCACCGCCGACUUGGACAACAACCAUGUCAGAAACGGUUUCGCCAGGGCCUCUGAGCCUGCUCAGUCGCCUCGAGAGGUGUCAGUUCCUGCAGCGCCGCUGCCGGUGAUGGAGAGCCACGAGGUUGUCGAACCUUGCUUCCACCAGCAACAGCCUCUUCCGCCAACAUCUAGACCGCCUUCGCGCCCGGCCUCGCAAGACCCUGAAGUCCCGACCGUCCCAGCCAGCGAUGUCGGGAACGAGCCAAUCUUGACUUUGCCGCAGCCAUUCAUGUCCGAGGCCCCGUGCCCGCCGAGCGAUUUUGACGCGCCUCGCUACAGCAAGAACCUGGUCAAGAAACAGACUAUCAAGGAGCGGUUGGAGUCUGCUAUCAUGAGAGGGGAAUCCCCCCCAUUCUGUAACAACUGCGGCGCAAUUGAGACGCCUACUUGGCGUAAGAUAUGGAUCCAAGAACACAAGGGAAUCCCGCCGUUCUAUGAGUUUUCGGAUAAGCCAGGUUUCGUUACCAUGAUUGACAUUCUCGAGCGGGAUGCGGAGGGCCAGCCAGCGGCGUAUCGGUUGGUCAAGAAGAAUCUUGGUACCAAGGACGACAAGAAGGUGUGGGUUGAAACCCUCUUGUGUAAUCCUUGUGGCAUAUGGCUUGCCAAGUUCAGAAAUCACCGCCCGCCUGACCGGUGGGAGAAGGAUGCCGCCCGCCUCAACCAAAGCCGUAAGAGGCGCGAAGGCAAGGGCAAGAAGAAGUCACGGGCCAAAAGCGAUGGGCCGGUGAAUCCCACCUCGGAAGCCUACUUCACGACGGACCCUGCUGGCCCAUUGGACCAUGAGUCACCAGAAGAAAACAUUCCUGAGAGCAUCCCUGAGAACGGGACGCUACCAGAAAGCCACAACACAAUCGCGACCGAUGACAAGCUUUUAAACUUGCGGAGCUCCCCAAAACAGCGCUUGCCGGGAUCAACUCACUCGAGGGGUAGUGGAACAGCGGACAGCCCCAUAGCAGUUGAAGAUGAUCUCGGCAGCACAAGAAGGCUGCUCUUCCCGUCACCUAGGAAGGAUGCAAUGCCCCGGGUUCUUGGGGAGCUUUCGGCAAAUGCCACACAAACAGCCACUCACGGUCAGGUGGCCAAGUCCGCUACAUCGGGCAAGGAGAACCACAACACUCUUCCAGCGCGUACUGGUACGCCAGCCAACGGCGGCGACCAGCUCGAUCAAGAGUUGUUUGGUACACCUCCCCGAUGCCCAUCCACUCCACCUCCCAGUUCCACUGCCGCCGGUGUGUUCAGGACACCAACCCGGCCGACGCCCAGUCAUCGCCCCAUAACAAGGAGUGUCUCUAGGUCGAUGCGGUCCCAUCGAAGCAUUGUCAAAUCGCCGAUCGAUGUCUACAUGACCGCCCGCAGGAUCACCACUCCCCGAUCGGGAUCCAACCACGGCCUGCUGGCUCCCCCCAGCUCUUCCGGCAGACGACGAAGUCCCCGACACGCCCCUACCCAGGCACAUUUUGUGCAUGACGAUGAUGCACAGCACUUCGAAUCACCCUUCACCGCGAACCUCGCCCAGCUCCUGAGCGAAGCCAACAACUUCACCACCGGAUCACCUUCCCAUAGGCUGCCUGAGAUUGAUCUCGGGAGCCUUCAAGAUCUGGACGAGGCCGCACUUGCCCAACAGCUCCUCGAAAGCACCAAUGCAAUCGAUUUCGACAACCUUCUCGGUACCGAGUUGGCCAUGCAGCCUAGCUCGCCGCCCUCUACCAGGCGGAAACGUCAAGGUGGUGUCGAAUUCGGAGCGCCACUGGGCGAGAACACAUGGGCGGAACCACAUGGUGCUGGAAAGGGAUACUAAUUAGGAAGAUGGCCUUCCCACCAAGCAACCUUGUCCUGAUUCGCCUGCAAUCGAAUACGAUUUUUUCGCUCACGAUAAACUUUUCCGAUUUUACGACAAGCAACACAGGCACGCCCAACGAGCGCCGUCUUGAUGCGCAACAAAACGACACAUUCCACUUUCGAUGAUGUCGAGUAGAUACCCACUUUUGUUCCGACUUUUUAUGUUUUAUACGACUACAACAACAACAAAUCAGCAACAAUGUUGUUUUUCUUUUCGGUUUUUUUCUGUCUUGCUUUUAUAUUUUUUGUUUUUUAUAUGUUUGAUGCAAGAAUAGGAGUGGUUCGGUGGUUUCGGAAAAGGGAUAGGGGAAUAACAAGUGGUUUUCUUUUUUUUUUCUUUUUGAACCGCAUAGCCUGGAUCGAUGGAUUGGGUGGGGGGGUGUUCUGGAAAAGGGGAACAGGAUAUCUGGUUCUGGGUUGGAAGAAGGGACUGAGCGC